AUGCAUACAACACAAGUUACAAUUGGUUGAAACAACAUACACAGGACAAUCACCAAUGGCGUCGAGACAGCAACUGAAGGAAGACAGAGCGGAGGCAGCGGCCAAGCUGGCGGCGAAGGACAUCGGCGACAUCAACAGAGCAAACGAGCGCGACGAGGGCUACACGCUCAACUCCGAGCUCAACUUCAAGCAGGCGCGAGCCGAGGCCGCCGCCAAGCUGGCCGCGAAGGACCUCGAGGACGUGAACAGAGCAAAAGAAAGCGCGUGUAGAGAGCCCCACGACGAGAACAAACCCGGUGUGAUAGGGUCCAUGUUUAGAGCGGUGCAGGGCACGUACGAGCACGCCAAAGAAGCCGUGGUUGGGAAGCCUCAGGAGACGGAGAAGGAGCGCUACUCGCCCGGGGUUUAUGAGAAGGCGAAGGAAACUAAAGACGCGGCGGGGUCGAAGGUGGGAGAAUAUGCGGAUUACGCGGGGCAGAAGGCGAGGGAGACGAAGGAUGCGACGAAGCAGAAGGCCGGGGAGUAUGCAGAUUAUGCUUCGCAGAAAGCGAAGGAAACGACGGAGUAUGCUGGAGAUAAGGCUAAGGAAGGGAAGGACGCUGCCACGGGGAAGCUUGGGGAGCUCAAGGACAGGGCCAUGGGUUUCUUCACCGCCAAGAAAGACGAGCCACAUGCACAUGAUAAGGUGGUGAGUGGAAGGGAGGAAGUGAGGGUGCAAGAUGCGGUGGGGCGGGGAGGAGACAAGUUGGUCAUAAAAAUGGAGGAGUCUCGCCCGGGAGCCGUGGCGGAUGCGCUCAAAGCGGCGGAUAGGGCCAUUGGCGGCCAUGUCGAGGAGGAAGGGGUCAUUCAUGUGGAGCGUCGUCGCCAGAAAAUGUGAUCCAAUGCAAUUUUUUCUAUAUAAUAAAUGUGUGGCCACCUCUUUUAACGGGGCCCCUGUACCUUUCAUUUUACACCAUCUCUUUUCUUUGUAACAUCAUCUAUGUUUUCUAGAAUCUGCAUUUUCUUUUUCUUUUUCGGAAUAAUGAAAACCUGUUCUGGUUAUCCA